AUGCUCAUCCUCGUGGCUGUAUCAACUUUACUAAUUGUUUAUACGCUACACUACUAUCUCCGCUACCGUACUCGAUAUCCUCUAGGACCAUUCCCAUUGCCAUUCAUUGGAAAUACUUAUCACAUCAACCCCCAUAAUUUCCAUCGAUAUUUGGACCAACUCGGAAAAAGCUAUGGUGGAUGCUUUACAUUAUUUCUGCCUGCGCCUACAGUAAUUUUAACGGAUUACCGGUAUAUUAAUGAAGCACUCUUGGUUCGAGGAGACAAAUUCUCGGGUCGGACACAUCGAAUCCCGGAAAUUCUGCUUCAGCGUGAGCCAAACACUGGCAUUAUCAUAUCGGAUGGGGUGGUUUGGAAAGCCCAGCGGAGAGCUACGCUUAAAAUAUUACGAUAUUUUGGACUGGGUGGUAGAAUGAUGGAAGAGAAGAUAAUCCGAUCGAUGGAACAAUUGCUCGACUCACUUGAGCAAACCUCUCAAAGAACCAUCGACCUCGAGAAACCGUUGCAGCUGUGUGUAGGAACGGUCAUCAAUGAUUUCCUUUUUGGAGAGCAAUUUCCAAAAGACGACUCCAGCGAGCUUUUCCGUAUCAUCGCGAUUAUCAAGCGGCAUUUGCAACGGAUCUCGACAAACCCAUGCACUUUGUUGUGUCAAGCCUUCCCUUGGGCUGUUCAUCUACCGAUAAUUGGAUAUUAUGGUUGCCAGAAGCACAAAGAAAAUAUUGAUGAGUACAUCUCAUACAUCGAACAGCAAGUUGAUGGCCUCGUUCAAAGUUAUGAUGCGGACAAAGAUGCCUCAAACUUUGUGCAUGCUUAUAUGAAAGAAAUGGAAACAGAUCCGGAAUUAAACUUGCCCAAUCUACGAGCGAUCAGCACCGAUUUUUGGCUAGCCGGUAUAGAGUCGACUGCAACUUGUAUUCGCUGGCUGAUCGCCUAUAUGAUUCAUUAUCCAGUUAUACAGGCGAAAAUCCACGCUGAGCUGUCGUCCGUAUGUGCUCGGCGGGAAAUCAAGUAUGCUGAUCGAAAUAAUUUGCCGUAUACGAUGGCUGCGAUCAAUGAGGUGCAUCGCCGAGCCAAUAUGAAUCCAUUUCUGAACUUUCACGUCUGCACCGAAACGACCGAAAUUUGCGGAAGACGUAUAGAGCGUGGUACGACGGUAAUGGCACAAAUAUGGAGCGUUCUCAACGAUCCGAAAAUCUUUGAGGAACCCUUAGUCCUACGCCCUGAGCGAUUUUUAGAUGACCAGGGACGUUUGGAAAAAACCAAAUUAGAAAAGAACAUCACUUUUGGAAUUGGGAAGCGAGCUUGUGUGGGAGAGGGACUGGCUAGGAUGCAAAUAUUUCUAAUAUUUGUAAAUCUUAUAAAAAGAUAUCAAUUCAUCCCUGGAGAAGAGCUGCCAGAUCUGGAACCCGAAUUCGCCACAGUUAAAUUAUUCGCGCAAUAUUUUGUCGUUACAAUGGUUCCCGGAAAUAUGGAAUCACUUCCAGUGGUUGAAUUCUCGGCUACUUCUCGCGCGGAGCAAUUGUUUGUCAAGGCAAACGUCGCGGAACGGGGAUUAAUUUGUGGCGUUCCGUAUCCUGAGGCUGGCCUGAAAGCUCAGCCAAUCGAUGCGCAAAUGUGGCUGUUCCUGCUAUUUCGGCUUUUGGUGCUGCUGAUCCCUCCUUUCCACGCAGCAUCUGAAUUCGACGACCAAGAUGAUGCCCUAUUUACGGUGCCCUGGGAAAGUCGGGACGGGCGUCAACGAUACAACGUCUACGUGCAGCCCCCACCACAAGAGGAUCGAGGGGCUCGUGGACGACUUACUUUUGCGCGCAUGAAACAAAAUUAUGAUUUCUCAUUGCUCUGCUCCGAUGGUGUCCCCCUUUUGCUGGAGGAUGAUAAGCCAAAGAAAUGUGACCCAAAGCCAUAUAAACCAAGCCUUCGCUGCCCGAUCGGAUUUUGGUGCCACAACGGAUUUUCUGAAGAGACGCAGUAUUGCUGUCCGAAAAAUAAGAAAAUCCGAAACCGAUGCCAUUUACCCCCAAUGGUUGGACAUGGACGAUCGGAAAUGGUGCGCUUCUUCUACGAUUGGAAACAUGCAAGAUGCCUCCAAAUGAUUUACACCGGCGUUGGAGGCAAUGAGAACAAUUUUGUGACCCAUUCACAGUGCACGGAAGCUUGUAAAGGCAGUGGUGAACCACCGCAAGGAGAAUCCAUUUACCGGCCUCUUAAACCGAACGUAGAAGCCCCGAUUCCAAGCACUACUCUGGCCAUUACCACGAGUACUUUGGCUCUUACUGACGCCCCAUCGGCUAGGCCGAUUACCAAGAAGCCGACGACACUUCCUAUUACAGCGCCUCCAACCGCACCUCCAACUACUGGAAUGGAAGAAGAAACUGUUGAGGUUGAGGAAGAAUUUACCGGAAAUCCAUGCAGCCUACCUCGAGAUCGUGGCGAGGAAAACGGAAAGCAGCCCGAGAAUCGCUUUUAUUUCGAUUCUUCCGUCCAAAAUUGUGUACCCUUCACCUAUUACGGCGACGCUGGCAAUGCAAAUCGCUUUGAAAGCUUUGAUGAAUGUAUGGGAACUUGUGCAGCUGGAAACUCUGAAAAAUCCUCCUGCUCCUUGCCAAAAGCUCCAGGAAACGGCAGAUUUCAGAUCCCACGCUGGGCGUUUGAUGCAACUACGCGAAAAUGUCUACGUUUUACCUAUUCUGGCAGUGGAGGCAAUGAGAACAGAUUUUUGACGCGCAAGAAAUGCGAGCGUGUUUGCAUUCGAGUACCUCGUAAAAAUGGAAAAACCACAACAAUUGUCGCCGGGGUGCCACUUGAUUCAGCGGAAAAGCCAACGACACCAUUUUCGCGACUGCGAGGGACUAAAACACGACCCCCAGCCACGCUUGUACCAAUGGAAACGUUUAAUCCACCUACAAUGCGGCCGGCUACUAUCCAACCAACACAUCUGCCAUUACCACCGUAUAUUAAGGCUUACCCUGCCGAAAAUGUGGAAAAUUUCGUCGAGCAUACCCGCCCGCCAUUCCCGGGUAUUGCCGUUUUCCCGAGCCCCGGUGUAAUGCCGAUCACUCCGCCGACACAGACCCAGAAUACGCCCUGCCGACAGCCGUUACCCUUCCAGCCUGUGAUUAUGUGUCAUACUGGGACACCGUGUCCGAUUACGACAUUUUGUCAGGUCGGCGAUGGACACAGCAUCUGCUGCCCGACAAUCGACGCCCAACCUUGUCAACAACUACCAGAACCCGGCACCGGGCCCUCACUUGUCGGACGUUGGGCGUUUGACCCGUCCACCCAGCAAUGCAUUCCAUUCCUAUUCCGAGGAUUCCAGGGAAACCAAAACAACUUCAUGUCAUACUCGGACUGUGCUGGGACGUGCGGUGGGAGAAGCCCUUGUACGAUGGGAGAUCCAGUGUUGCCCGAAAACCCGGGAGAACGAUGCUCAACCACAAACGAAUGUCCCGGCGGUUUUGUGUGUUCGGCUGAUCCAUUAUCUCUCGAACCUUUCUGCUGUCCUGGAGCCCCACAAGCCAUCGACGAGUUCACCUUCAGCAAAGGCCCUCCAAGGACUGGUUUUACACCUCCAAUGGCUGCAGAAAAUCCUUCUUCCCAUGCCACUCCUCCUCCGACGCUUGUACCGAAUAGCUUAUUCACGGCUGAUCCCUGUUCCCUACCUGGCGAUCCUGGCUUCGGAAGCACCAUGUCGCUCCGCUUCUUCUUCGAUGCUGAACAAUCCUCCUGUCAAAGUUUCCAAUAUAAUGGCAAUGGCGGAAAUGACAACAAUUUCGUAACUAUAGAAGAAUGCCGACGAGUUUGUCCGGAAUACCGUAACCCUUGCCCCUCCGGUGCCCCACUCUUGGACACAAGUGGUAAUGCCCUAUUUUGUGGAGCUUAUGGAAGCCAUUGUCCUCCGGGCGGAUGGUGUCAUCAUGGUUCGGAACGGGCAUCUACAGUAUGCUGCGGGGAAGCGUUCGACCCAUGUCUCCUGCCACUAGCCGCUGGAACCGGGAAGGAGCAGCUCUCCAGGUUUUAUUACAAUGAAGAAGCUCGGCAUUGUGAGCAAUUCGUGUACUCUGGAUCAGGCGGAAAUCAGAACAAUUUCAAUGAUAAAUCAGAGUGUGAGACGGCGUGUCCGGUUGUAGAGAAUCCAUGCUCUAUCGGUUUGCCUGCUUUUGAUUCUGAUGGGGUCCCAAUGACUUGCUCUACUUCCGAUUCCUCCUGUCCGUCUGGUUUCUAUUGCCAUAUUGGUGCCACAUCGGUUACUACAGUUUGUUGCCAUCGAGCUGGUGAUCCGUGCACUUUACCAAUGAUUCGAGGAAAUGGAGGUCAUGUAUUAAAUCGAUGGUAUCACGAUCGGGAGACAAAGCUGUGCGCCAGUUUUGUCUAUUCCGGAAAGAGCGGCAAUGAGAACAAUUUCCUAUCGAAGGCUGAUUGUCAGAGUCAAUGUCCCGAGUUUCAAUCCCCUUGUUCAACCGGGUUACCCCAUAUCGCACACGGGGGCCAAUUCAGCAAAUGUUCCGGACCCAACGCAACUUGCCCAACAACGUACUGGUGUCACGAGGGGUUGACACCGGAGAGUACGGUGUGCUGCCCAGGUGCGGCCGAUCCGUGCGAACAACCAAUGUCCGUUGGUAGCGGCGCGUUUGCAGUACCAAGAUUCCACUUUGACCAAGACACCCGCUCUUGUCGCCAAUUCUUCUAUUCUGGCAGCCAGGGAAACGAGAAUAAUUUUGUGACGAAGGAUGACUGCGAGAAGCGGUGCCCCGUUUUAUCAAAUCCAUGUCCCAGCGGAGAGCCACAACUUGACGAAUCGUUUUCGCAGAUCCAUUGUUCGGCGGAUGAUGAUGGUGUCUGCUCCGAGGGCUACUUCUGCCACCUUGGAUCCCAUGAACAUUCUACAGUAUGCUGCCCGGGUAGAGCAAGAGAACCAUGCGCAGAACCAAAGAGUGAGGGUCGAGGCGACGAGCCGGUGCAACGAUACUACUUUUCAACCGAAACCCGGCAGUGUCUUGCGUUUAUGUUCAGAGGAAUGGGAGGGAAUCAGAAUAAUUUCCGGUCGAAGAUCGAUUGUGAAUUGAAAUGUCCAGUACUGGAGAACCCAUGCCCCAAUGGACAACCCCUAACCACUCUGGCCGGCGAGUUCCUGCUCUGCACCGCAUCAAUGGCCCACACCCUGGCCCGCUCCUCAUGCCCAGCCGGAUUCUGGUGUCACGUUGGGGAGCAGCGAAAAAUUGCAGUGUGUUGCCCGGGAGAUGGUGAUCCCUGCAAACUUCAAAUCGAGCAAGGCACCGGAAAUGCGGCUAUAUCACGUUUCUACUACGAUCGCCACUUCCGGAAAUGCGUCCGUUUCACGUAUUCGGGGCGUGGCGGGAAUGCGAACAACUUUGAGACCCUCGAGGAUUGCCAGAAUAAAUGUCCGGAGUUUAUUAAUCCGUGUGCUGCCGGAGAUCCAGCAACGAGCCCCGAGGGUUCGAUACUUGCCUGUGGGAUCGGUGGUGUGCAGUGUGGUACUGGAUAUUAUUGUCAUAGAGGGCAUACUUCGGAUAAUAUGGUGUGCUGCCCAAAACUUGGUGAUUCCUGCCAGGCCCCACGCCAAGAAGGUGAAGGCGAUGCUGCACUUGAUAGUGAUCAGCGUAAGUCACAAAUAAAUAAGAUCGAGAUGAAG